CGUUACUACGACGCAGGUGGUAACCACAUUUCGCCGAUCGUUACCUGGGGCGGGGACCUCGAGGACCGAACCUACAGCAAGGGUAAGGUGCUGCUGAUGACCCACGUGGAGGACCUGCUAGCGGCGGCUAUUAAAACCCAACAGUUUCCCUACGACCCCGCUGCCGUCUACUUUGUCAUAUCAGACGAGCUCGUGACACAGGUAAGGACCUGCUACCGGUGGCUUUUGGUACCCAGCAGUUUCCCCAGGACUGCGCUGCACUCUAGUUUGUCCUAUUGGACGAGCUCGUCACACAGGUGGGUGUGAUUCUUCUUAAGUCAACUCAGAAGAUUGCUAGGUUUGGCUAUAACCAGCCAGAAGUUCCCCCACAACCCGGCUACAGUCUACUUUUUUGUCUCAUGAGAGCUCGUCACACAGGUGGGUGCGAGUCUUCUUAAGUCAACUCAGAAGUCUGCUUGGGUCGGCUGUCAGCAGCCAGGUGUGAUUCGGUGCUGGCAGGUGCAGUGCGGUACAGUAUGGAGUUGGAGCUGUACCUUGUUUGGGUGGCCCGUUGCAUUUUGUAGCCCCUGAUGGUCAAUGCAAGCCUGCUCGAGAGUGAGACCUCAAAAUAGAGAUAGCUCAACCACCUUCGCAUGAUGCCGUGCUUGCUACAAGGCCAACUUGCAUGAGCUCUGUGCCCCGACUCCUGCAUUCCCAAUGCCAUCCGCUCAGCGCCCUCUCAGUCCCCCACGGGAGACCCGGGCAUCGACGCCCUCGUGUCCGUGUUUGCCCAUGAGCUCGCUGAGGCGGCUUCCAACCCUUACCUCUCCACGUGGUACGACAACGAGGGCUACGAAAACGCCGACAAAUGCGCGUGGAAGUUCGACCCCAUUCUCCAAGAUG